UUACGACGCGUGGCUUAUUGGAUUAUUGAUUCUAUCUUAUUUCGGAGUGCGCGUUUUCGCGCACCAAAAAAAUAUUUCUUUUUCUUUGCCUUGAUAUAUCAUGCAUAGACAACCUCCAAAAAAGAAAAGACUCAUUAAGAAGGAUGAGCAGCCCGAUUUUUACGAAUCUGACGCCCAAAACAUCCAAAAGGAUCGCAGCGUGUCUUCUGACAACACUAAAGAGAUUCAGCAAGAGACAUCAACCUCUCAACCUCAAGAAAAUCCUUCUUCGACAGCUUCAAUUCGAGAGGACCCCAGUACAACACCAAUAAUCGAAAAAAGCUCUACUGAUACAUCUCCGUCUAAUUUGACAUCCUCGUUGGAUAUAAACUCGACAAGUUCCCCUAUACCAGUAGAUAGUCCUAUUACGAAUCCAACACCUGUAGAGAAAUCUACAAAUUUUACACCGGAGCCAAUGGAAGAGAGUAAUGAGGAUAACAAUAAAAAACACGAACCCAGACUUGUAAUGAAAAAAAUGGUACUGAACGAUUUCAAAUCGUACGCUGGUAGACAAGUUAUUGGGCCUUUUCACAAAUCCUUCAGUGCCAUUGUUGGGCCUAAUGGUUCAGGCAAAUCAAAUGUCAUUGACGCUUUACUUUUCGUAUUUGGUUACAGAGCAAAUAAAAUGAGACAAGGCAAAUUAUCAGAGCUUAUCCAUAAUUCAGCAAAAUAUCCCAAUCUACCCUCCUGUAGUGUUGAAAUUCAUUUUCAAGAAAUUAUUGAUGGCGAGAAACCCAACGAAUGUACUGUUGUUCCUGGUACGCAACUCGUUGUAUCCCGUCAAGCCAGUCGAAAUAACGCCAGUAAAUAUUUUAUCAAUGAUCGAACCAGCAGUUACGCGGAAGUCACGACACUUUUAAAGGCAAGAGGCAUCGAUUUAGAUCAUAAGCGUUUCUUGAUCUUGCAAGGUGAAGUAGAAUCCAUUGCCUUAAUGAAAGCAAAAGCAAAAGACGGAAACGAUGAUGGGCUGUUAGAAUACCUUGAAGAUAUCAUUGGAACAUCGAAAUAUAAGGGCCCCAUUGAAGAAGCAAAUUCGAAAUUAGAAGUAUUAAAUGAAGACCGUGCUGAGAAGUUAACUCGUGUUAGAUAUGUUAGCAAAGAAAUGGAUGGCAUGGAAGACAAAAAAGCAGAAGCAGAGAAUUACUUGGAAAAUGAGAAUGAAUUGGCAAGAAAGAAAAAUGAACUGUACCAGGUCUAUUUGAGCGAAGCAAAUGAAAACAUAACUGUGGCGAAUCAAGCCGUUGAAGAAUUAAAUGUAAAACUUCUGGCUGAAGCAAAGAAGUUCGAAUCCAUUGAAGCUGAAAAAGCUGAAAUUGGAGCCGUUUAUCAAGGGUUUGUUAGAGAGUAUAGUUCAAUGGAAGCCGACACAAGCAAACUCAUCAAGCAUCAAGCAAAAAUCGAGAAAGAUGAAGUUCAAACUCGUGAACGCAAGGAACAUUUGCUUAAGCAGAAAGAGAAAGGAAAAGCCUCUUUAGAAGCUGAUCGUGCUGCCCGCGUCGCUGCACAAGAAUCAAUUAAAAAGAACACGGAAGAAUUAGCAAAGAGAAAGAGUGAAUUGGUGGAUCUUGAAAAGCAGUUUAAGCAAGAGGAAAAAAAAUUAGAUACAAUCAACAGAGAAUUGAAGGGCAAAACAGAUGGUUACUUGGCACAAAUAGAGGAACAUCAGAAGAAAUUGGUGCCUUGGUCAGAAAAAAUCAAUAACAAACAAAAAGCCAUUGACCUCAAAAAGUCAGAACGGGAAAUUUUAGCUGAACGUAUUGUGUCAGGCGAAAAGGCUCUCAAAGAAGCAGAAGAGCAAGUCAAGAAAUUAAAUCAAUCUGUGACUGAGAAAGAAAAGGAACUUAACAAGUUACCUAGUAAGAUCAAGGAAAUUGAAAUUGAAAUCAAAGAAUUGGAAAGCUUCGUGGCUAGUAUCGCUGACAAAGAAACUGAGAAGCGUGCCAAUUUAAGUAGUGCACGCCAAAAGGCUGAAGAAGCAAGGGCAUCGAUGCAGCAGUCUCAAACUAGAGGAAAAGUGCUAGACAGUAUCUUACGAAUGCGAGACUCAGGUCGUAUUGAGGGCAUUUAUGAUCGCUUGGGUAGUCUUGGUGUAAUUGAUGACCAUUAUGACGUAGCCAUUUCCACUGCCUGCCCCGCCCUUGAUAACAUUGUUGUUGAGACUGUCGAAGCAGGACAAGCCUGUAUCGAAUACUUACGAAAGAACAAUUUGGGACGUGCGGUGUUUACCGUUCUCAGUCAACUUCGUAAUCAAAAUACACGCCAAAUCAAUACCCCUGAAAAUGUGCCUCGUCUUUUUGAUCUAGUGGAACCUAAAGAUGAAAAGUUCUUACCCGCAUUUUAUAGCGUCCUUCAGGAUACUCUUGUAGCAGAUAAUAUGCGUCAAGCAAACAACAUUGCGUAUGGUAAUAAACGUUGGAGAGUUGUUACAUUGGAUGGUAAAUUAAUCGAAAAGUCUGGUGCUAUGACUGGUGGUGGUAAUCGCCAAUUGCGUGGUGCUAUGAGCUCGAUGUUUAAGGAUGAUGGUGUUAGUGCAGAUGUUGUGGCCGAACUUGAGCAAGAAAGGGACAAUCUAGAGCGGGAAUAUCGCAAGGCUGCCGAUGAAAAGCGUGCAACUGAAACCGCAUUGAGAAGAAAGAAGGAAUAUUUACCAAAAAUAGAAAUGUCUCUUGAGAAGAUUCAGAUGGAUAUGACAAGUUUGAAUAGCCAGCUGGAGGAUGAAAAUGGUCGUUUGGAGCAAUUAAGAGCUCAAACGAAACCGAAACCUGCUGAUGUUGCGCGCGAGUCAGAAAUCGAAUCAGAAAUCGAACAGCUUCAAGCUGAAAUGGCAGAUCUUAAAGAACAGACAGCAGAGAUUGAAGAGACAAUCAGCUCUUUACACGAAGAGAUUAUGGAGGCGGGUGGAAUGGACUUGCGUUUACAAAAGAUUUGUGUGAAUGAUGUUCGAAAGCGGAUUGACGGCCUAAACAAUCGAAUCACUAAAAACAUGGUUGCCAAAACUAAGGCUGAAAAGGAUGUGAUAAAAUUGGAAAAUUCAAUUGCUAAAACAGAAAAAGAAAGCGAGAAAUUUGAACAAAACAUGGCUAAUUUAGAUAGAGAAAUAGAAGAAGUUGCAAAGAAUAUGGCCGAUAUUGUUUUAAAAGUCGACGAGGCUAAGAAGCAAAUGGCAGAGAAAAAGGAAAAAAUGAACGACUUUAAAAAGGAAUUGGACGAGAAGUCCGAAAGUAUUAACAAACUUCGCCAAUCAGAAGUCGACCUUAAGAAUCAGCUCGAAGAUUAUUCGCGAUCUGCGGCUGAUAAUAAAAAGAAGGCGAGUCAUUGGGAGGGUCAAAUCGCUGCAUUGGAACUUCAGCGUAUUGAUGAAGAACCUGACGAACAACUUAAAUUAGCAGUAUACUCAGGCUCUAAAUUAAAAGAAUUGGUUCAAUUAAAGGCACAGAUAAAAAUGGAAAUCGCUGAAAUCGAAGCUUUUGUACAGAGUGCUAAGCCGAAUUUAUCGGUACUUGAGGAAUAUCGACGUCGUCGUGGUGAAUACAAUAUUAGAAAGGGUGAUCUUGAUUCUGUCACAUCAGAAAGAGAUAUUGUGAAGUCCGAAGUCGAAACAUUGCGUAAGAAGCGUUUGGAUGAAUUUAUGAGUGGCUUCAAUAUUAUUUCUCAAAAACUCAAAGAAAUGUAUCAGAUGAUCACCAUGGGUGGUAAUGCAGAGCUUGAAUUAGUAGACAGUUUGGACCCUUUCUCAGAAGGAAUUGUUUUCAGUGUCAUGCCUCCCAAAAAGAGUUGGAAAAAUAUUUCCAAUUUGUCGGGUGGUGAGAAAACGUUAAGUUCUUUGGCGCUUGUAUUUGCGUUACAUCAUUUUAAACCCACUCCCUUAUAUGUAAUGGAUGAAAUUGAUGCAGCUUUAGAUUUCCGUAAUGUUUCUAUUAUUGCGAAUUAUAUUGCCGAGCGUACCAAAAAUGCCCAAUUUGUCAUUAUUAGUUUAAGAAACAAUAUGUUUGAAUUGGCUGAUAGAUUAGUGGGUAUUUAUAAGACAAGCAAUUGUACAAAGAGUGUUGCAAUCAACCCAAACAUGAUUGCCACGUUGACAGCAACACCUACACAUACCACCCCCUCAUAAGCAUUAAUAAGCGCGUUAUUGGUUACUGAAAUAAACAAAAUGUAAAAUAAUUGACACCAAUAAUGCUAUUAUAAGGGCAAAAAAAUAAAAUCUGCAUUAACA